AUUACUUUCUUAUUCAUUAGUCGUUAAAGUGCUUUGCACUAACUGUAUAUCCUUGUGUUGCUCGAGCAAUAAUAUGGGUGACUCCGAGCAAAAAGAARAAGUUGAUAUACUGAGCCUAGAAGACGAACCAGUGGCGGACCACCAAGCAGAACCCUACUUCACAAACAGCCAUUUAAGGGAAUUACAUGAAGGCCUUGGCAUUGGAGCUUUCACACAGUCCGUGGCAGAAAUAUUCAACUUCAUCCGGGCUUAUCUUCGCAGUCCCGCCUCAGAAACAAUCAAACGCUCGGCUGACGAGUACGACGACAGUGAAUCUCGAAGAAGGCCGUUAAAGCGCCAAAGGACUGAGCAAUGCAUCUCAGAACCUUCUAAGCCUGAGCAGUGUAUCUCAGCAGCCAACCCAGAGCAGCAUAACUCUGAGGGUGAAUCGGGCUUUGACCCUCUUGAAAACAAUUUGCAAUUAGAUGCAGAAGACGAAGAAAGUGCUAGUAUUACGAUGCCAGACUUUGAUCUGACGCCGUCUAUAUUUGAUGACUCUGAUAAAGUUGGUCCAGAGGUCUCUGAAAUGCUAGCAAAACGAGUAAACGAAGCGUUUACAAAGAAAGCUAUUGAAUACAAAUUUAAAACAUUAACAGAGAAAUAUUUCACUCCCAAGAACUGUGAAUCUGCAUCAGUCCCUAAUGUAAACCAAGCUUUAUCGAAUGAUUUACCAAGAGGAGCCAAGAAAACGGAUGUUGGUCUUCAAGAAGUGCAAAAAUCGUUAUUGCAUGCAGCUCAAGCCAUUACGUAUGCAACGGRUAACUGGCACCAAAUCACAUGUGAUCGUUGGAUUCUCCAAACAGUUCAAGGUUAUCACCUUAAAUUUGAAAAUACGCCGUUUGAAUUUGCGCUUCCAUAAAAAGCGAUAUUUUCAAAGGAGAAAUCUGCAGCCAUUGAUAUCAAAGUGGCCAAACUUCUAGAAAAAGGUGCAAUUACGCAUGCAGAACAUACGGAAGGAGAAUUUAUCUCCAAUUUAUUUCUGGUUCCAAAGAAAACAGGUGAUUUAAGACCAGUUAUCAACGUGAAGCCACUAAAAAAAUUUGUACGAAGAAUCCGUUUUCAAAUGGAAACUAUCGACUUUGCAUGUCAGCUAGUUAAUCAUAACGAUUUGUUCGCGUCUAUUGAUUUAUCGGAUGCCUAUUUUAGCAUCCCAAUUGAUAAAUCGUACCGGAAAUAUUUACGUUUUAUUUGGAAAUAAGAACUCUUUGAGUUUGUAUGUUUACCUUUMGGUUAUAGAGUGGUUUUCAAAACCCGUAAAACAAAG